AUGAGCAUAAAUUGUUUUAUUCAUAACAAAUCUCCAUCUCUUCCCCAAAAAUAUAUCCUAUCAUCCCCUCCCUCCCAAAACUUCAUCUUCUUUUAUUCCCCUAAAACCCUCUCACAAAACUUCUCAUCACAAAUUAGCUGAAUUCACUUACAAAAUUUAUCACAGCAAAAUGGCCAAUCAGAAUUCAGCUCGAAAUCAUAUGCCAACUUACCCUCAUUUUACAAAGAUGUGCCAAGAACAGCAACCUCCCGCCUUACAGACUCUUUCAGAAUCUCCUUUUCUGUUAGAUUCCUUAGCUCCCAUGAAGUGCAUGCUUCCCACCAAUAUGCUUGAAGAGGAGCCAGUUUUUGUAAAUGCGAGGCAAUACGAAAGGAUACUGAAACGAAGAGUAGCGAAAACCCGACAGCAAGAAAACUCAGCUACAAAGCCUAA